UUUUCUAGAAUUAGGAAAACAGUCAAAAGUUUAUGUUCACUUACGGUCCGUCUAUUAAUCGAAGUUUCAUUACCACACAAAAUGAGCGGUUUACAUAACGUUUUCUGCCACUUUUAUAGAAUCUUUAUUACCAUCCAGGAAUAUCAAACCUGUAAUGUCCACUGACUUUGAUAUAUUGCUUCAAUCAUGCAUUGCUCUGCUGCUGCUUUCUUCUUAUUAUGUAUGCAUUGUGAGAUAGAGAGAUAUCCUUCCGAGUUAUCUUCAAAGCACGAGACAGUGAUGUAUCUAUGUCUAUGAGGUAAGAUUAGAAUUAACUGUGCAGUUUCUCCUAUUCAUUUCCGUGUUACCAAUUGUUAUAUGGUGUUGGUUAAUAAUUACUAUAUACCUUCGUCAAUUUCUCUCACCUAGAUGGCAGAAUCAGCUGUCCUGAAUACUGAUAUAAAAGACUAUGUGAUGUAUAAUCAGAGUCUCUAAAACUAAGAGCUGGUCAACCAUGUGUCUAGGGCCGCUGAUAUGAUUAAAAUUUUUAGGGGCCAGAAUUUUCUACAAACGUACCGUCAGCUCUACUGCUCUACCUAUAUCUUUACCCAUCUCAAUAGGUCACAAGUUUUUCAGUUCCUUAUUGACAAUUUUAAUAAUUUUAGAAUCAAUUAAUAAUGGGCCAAAAAUAUUUAUAUACAGUAUUGGGGAUCCAAAAUGUUUAAGACUCGUUCUGCAUAACAUGAAUAAAUUAAUUAAUUAAAUUGAAACCAUAUUAAAAAAAAUUAUAUUUUUUUAUAAAUUAGUGCAUGCAUGCAUGUAUUUUAAAAUUGUUUAUGUCGUCAGUGUAUCAUUAUCUGGAUUCGAACUUAUAAUGCAGGUUGCUGACAAACAAAAAACUGAUAUACGUUUUCCUUUAAAUAUAUUUGACUUUACAAAUUAACAGUCACUGAUUUUUGUAACAAUUCUUUUGCAGACGGAAAGAACAAGGGGUAAUAAAGCUGUGACUUGUGAGUGACUGUAUACAUAUCUAACCGUCAUUAUAAAUUUCUUUAGUUUAUCUUCAGUUUAGCGAUCGCGAUCCAUUUUAAUACCAGAGUUGUUAUUUUACUCAAAAUAUAAGCAUAAGUGAUACUUUAUUUAUAUUUGGAUUGGAAUGGAAUAAAAAGUUGGAUAUAAUAAGUUUGUUUUACCAAUGGAUAGAAUAAGUUGAGUUGGAGGGCGAUAUGUUUGAAAGUGCCGACCAGAUUAGUGAGGACCACGGUGGGAUGUAGAUAGCUAAACCUUAGUAACCUUAGUUAAUCAUCUGAGAGGACCGACAAUACUUUACUUAUUAAACGUCAUUAAAGGUUUCUUUUCAAAGUUAUUACACAUUUUAUAUUUAUAUGUAUAUUAUCUCUUUAAAUACUAAUUUAUUGAUCAAUGAAAAGGAAAAUUAUUUACAAAAUUUGAAUAGCUAGACAUCUAAUAAAAAUGUUUAUGCAUGGAGGCCAAACAUUUAUUAUGUAUAUAUGUGCUUGUUAUAAAUCAUCAUAAGCUGAAAGCAUUAUAUAAGAGCAUCUACAUCCAUAGUUUCUUUAAUGUCUCUUAAGUGAAUCAUCCAAUAUAAGCUGGAAGCAAUUUCCAAAGAGAAAUUUUAUAGUAUAGUUCUAAAAAAGUUUUUAUUACAAAUAUAGUCUCUAAGGAUCAAAAUGACCAAAAUAUUUUAUUAAGGGGUGUGUUUUUGGGUUUAGGAUUUAGAUUUAGAGUUUAUGAUUUAGAAUUUAGGGUUUAGAUUUAAGGGGUGGAGUUUUGGGGUAUGAUUUCAAAUUUUAAAAACUAAAAAAUAUUAAAGUGUUCAAAAUAAAAAAGUUUAUUUGGUCAUUUUGUUUUUUUUAGGUCUAUUUUAUGACAAAAACUUAAAAAUGUCUAUUUGAGAGAAUUGUCCAUUUUUAAAAACAUCUAUAUUCAUUAGUUUUUUUUUAAUGUCUAAACAUUUUAAAUAAAUAAAUGUAAGAGGGAUUUUAGCAACAAAAAAGGUAAGAGGGAUGGUAUUUCAUAUGAAAAUAAAAAAUAAUUUGAAAAACUUAAGUAUAUAUACUUGUCACUCAACUCAUGAUCCAACAAUUUAAAAAAUUACAAAUAAAUAAAUAAAACAUUAAUAUUUACUAUUUUUGAAAAUUUUACUAAGUUUUUUUUAUCAUCAAUAUGCUUUAUUUGAUGUCUUGGUACACAUAAUACACGUGUAGGAAGAAGAAAACACUUUGCGUACUUUCUUUAAAAUGCGUUUGGAGGAGAAUUUUUAUAAGAAAUAUUUAUAUUUUGACCCCAAAAAAAAAAGAAAAGAAAUAUUUAUAUAUGUAUAUCGAUCGAAGUGGUAAAGUGUUUUAAUUUUUAUUAAUUGGUUUAUGAUUAAAACGUGACCAUGUAACAUAAUGGUAUGUGUUAUCUCCGCAUAAUGCAUGUUAUCAAAGACGAAUAAAUUGUUAAAAUGUUCCACAAACAUAUAGAAAAUUAUUUUAAGUUCCACUCAUUCGUCCUUUAUCUUUAGUAUAACAACAAAGUAAAAUACUUAUUGACAAAAAACCGUCCAUAACUAUUUGAAAACAAUCAUCUUUUGAUUACCCAAUCGAAACGACGUAUAGAGCGCAAGACGAUCUUGAGUAUCUAUAUUAAUCGUAUCUCAAACGUACAAUCUAAGAUUCUCGUAUAUUCAAUCUAACAUAUUUGUUUUCUCAAUAUUGUAAUUAAAAAAAAUGAUGUAUUCCUGUCGCGAUACUGCCUCUUUAAUAGUUGGACUGAAGUUAGUGUUCAAUUUCCCUUUUUCUCCACAGCUUUGAAUUGUGCUUCACAGCCUUCACUUAUUAACUAAAGUGCCACGCUAGUAUCCACAAAACCGUAAAAUCGUUUCCGCUAAUAAUCUUUUUAUAAUUCAACUUGUUAUAAACAAGGCUGAAGUAGUAGGGCGAGCAGUGCACCCUCCCCAGGGCCCACAAUUUUUUUAAUUUAAAAAUAGUAAAUCUAAUAUUUCUAAACAAACAGAAUUUAGAAAUGUUGUUCAAUAAUAAUCUGAUUUUAGGGAAACUAAAUCUUAUUUACCUAAAUAAUUUAGUAAUAAAUAUAAUGAAGUUAGCAUUAACUAGUUAAGCCGUUAAGUAUGUUUUUGGAAUAAAUUUAUUUAUUAAGCUGACUACUUCUUUUUUUUUUACAUAAAAUAGUUAACUAUUUCUACAAACUUUUUCCAUGCGAGACAUAAUUUAAAUGUCGUAGUUUAGUAAAAUAGUUGAUUCUUCAAAGAUUCUAACUUAAACUGAAAAUUGAAUUAAACGAAUUAUUUUCUAAAAGUUUCAUUAUGAAUUUACGUUUGCUGUCAUGUUUUCUGUUUUUUUUUCUAUACACUUGAUCUUGGAGAAAGAUUACAUAUUCUUUCAUUUUUUUUGGCUAUUUUCUGGUUAAUUAAGUUUGCGUUUAGAAACAAAAAAUACUUUUCAGUGUUUAUUUUUGAUUAAAAAAGUGAAUAUUUUGAUUUGUAACAACAAUAUUAUGAAUUGUAUUUUUAUAAUUUAUAUGUUAAAGGGUCUUCGUUUCUUUUUUACCUUAGGAUCUAUAAGAUGUUUGAGCCGGUCCUGGUUAUAAACUUAAGCAAAAUAGAGUGAUUAACUUUGUCCUAUUCUCUCGUUAAUCUUAAAGAAAAACUGAGAAAGAAGCUUUACUGAUUUGGAACCUCACUCAUGCAUAUUCUCUAAGUUCUUUUAUAAUAUUUAUUCAGUACAUGAACAAGUUAUAGAUUAGAUUCAUAGCUGUUUUGCAUACUAUUACUAUUAAUAACACUACUUUUGUUUUAUCGGCAUAAAUAAGACUAUUUUAGCCUGUUACUAUAUCAUAUAUUAUUUUCAGUCGAUGGAAACAAAUUCAAUCAAAAGACAUAUGACUCAGAUCCUUUACUUCAGAUUUACGUUAGUUAACUCAUAUGGUCAACUAAUCAAAAGGCCAAGCCAUUUUAAAAAAGAGGCGGCAAAAGUCAGCACAUGGCUUUCAUUGACUCUUCUUACCUACAACAAUUUUUUUUUUCUUUAAAGACCAUUAACAUAUGUCCCCAUAUUUUCCUUUUUAUAGUAUGAACUUGGUUUUAGAUGGAUUAUCAUUCAAAAGUCCUUAACACAUGUCUUAAUCUCUUAAUUUUAGCUAGGAGUUACAAAAUCAUUUGCAUUAUUAACAUUUUUCACACACUGUAUAUAUCACACAGACAUAACAAACUAAUUAACAGUAACAUGUAUAAAGUAUUUGUGGAUAGUAUAUAUAUAUAUAUAUAUAUCUUUUUAAAUCACUAUAUGAUGACAAAAAGAAUAUAUAUGUAUCGUAAGUGCAUGGGAUCUCGAACGAGCACUUUGCAGAAGUGGAAACUUGUCAAAUUAUAAAUUGGCUUUUACGACCGCCUUAUCUAUUUUAUAAUGUUUAGCAAAAACAUUAUCAUUUCAGUGAGAUUCAUGAUCACAAUGCCAUUCUCUAUAUAAAUGCCUCAAGCGUGUGAUGGAAACAUGCACACACCAAUACACCAUAGAGUACAUAAACAUAUAAACACCUUAUUGAAUAACUAGUACAUACCAUAUGGCUAACAUGAAAGUUUGGCUGUGUUUGUUCCUGAUAUGCGUUUCGUUGGAGCGGUUAUCAGCAUCUCGGCCGCUUACAAACGCAGACGGAAAUAAACGAGGGCGUAUGAUGAGAGAAGCAGAAAAAGUGCUGAAAGCUAAUAUGGAAAAGCUAAAGGAGAGAGGUUUCAAUGAGUCCAUGAGACUUAGCCCUGGAGGUCCCGACCCUCGUCAUCACUGAGUAUGAAUUCUCGUAGAUUUAAAUUUGCAGGGAUGUACUUUUCUCGAUCGAGAACAGGUUUAGAAAAAAAACUGUUUUUGAUCCGUUUUGUAUGUUAGCUUUGUUUGUUCGUGUAACCAAAAUAAAUUGAUGCUUAAGUUCUGCUCAUCAUACAUUUUAUGAAUUUUGCAUGCUUUACGUACCCUAUACAUUCUUUCUAAUAUACAGUAGUCUAGUGGAGACUAAUGCGGACGUUUGCAUAAGUAUAUAUAACAAGAAAUUGUAAAGAAAUGGUAUGAAAAGUGAGGUUACAUUAAUUUAUUUUAUCCUCUCUUAAUUUUCUAAUUGCUCGUGUCGAUAUAAGAUUGAAAAUUUGUUAUAUAUUAUUUAUGGACUCUUUUCUCUUCAUCUCCACCAUUAGAAAUAUAUACAAAUAUAAAAAGUGAGAGAUAGUGACCGAAGUUAAAGAAAAAAAAAAGAGGAAAAAGAUAACUGGUUUUAAGGAAAUUAAAUAUUUUUAAGUUCGAAGUCAACCUCUCUAAUCUUAAUUUUUAUACUCCCUCAAAACCUCAAUUUAAUACUCCAUCCAUGUUUUUAGAUAAAUGCAUAACUAUUAAGAUAGUUACUUUUUAUUUAAAAAAUAUUAUUAAAAUAUUAACUAAAAACUAUCCAACUAAUUACAAAACAAAAAACAAAAUAUUAUUAGUUACACAGUUUUCAAUAAAUUCAAAAAUUACAUAGAAAAAUAAAAACAUCUUACAUAUUGAAACAUCAUAAACUCUCUAAGACAUCAUACAUUAAACAACAGAAAAGAGUACUAUUAUUUUCAGGAUCCCAAUCCUUGAAAUGCUCUCUACAGACUUUUAUUUCCAAAUUAUCUUUUAAUUACCAAUCUACAAAGAAGAUGAAGAAGGAGUAUUUCUGUAUACUGGUAAAAGUUUUGAGAAAAUAAUACAAUGUGAAGAUAAACAGGACCGGCUUUAACGACUAUUAAAUUGGCUAAACCGGAUACAUAAACCAAUACAAAACGCUCACCCACAAACACCUUCCCAACAAUGCUUGGGUAAUGUGGCGUCAUAAGACUCAUAACCGAUUUACCACACUGCAUUGCCUCAAUGGUGGUCAAAUCAAUCCCUUAGGUCUCAAAGUUCGAUUUACAAACACAUCUAAAGCGUUGUAGAAACCAGAGACUCUAUUUCAGGACAUGGGCAUAUAUGAGCUUCUUUAUCUUAAAGUUGAUACAUGCAAUUCUAAUGGGAUUUAGCCCAUCAUAAUUUUUUGGUCAAAGCCCAUCAUAAUUAAGUUCUCAAAGUGGGUCAUGAAUCACGCUACAAGAGACCAAAACUAUACGUAUGCGUAUACGUAUGUGUAUAAAUGCUUCUAAAAUAACUGAUCCAAAACUAGAAGAAGUGGAUCAUCCCACGUGGAGGAGAUGACCAAAGAGAGGCAUGGGUCUGACAAUAAUAUACGUUGGGAACUGUGAUUAUGGAUUAUCUCACUCUAUGUCGUCCCACUCCCUCCUUUAUUUUAUUUUUAUGUUUGUUAAAAUUCCAUUCACAUUUGAUGAUUUGGUGUGUAGUUAUAUAUAGAUGCAACUCUCUCAACACACACAAUAUAUUGUAUAUCUACUGUCUACAAGUAUAUACGAUUACUCUCAACCACAGUAUUGUAAGAGAGAGCAUAGAGAUUGACAUGGCAACUACCACCUUCUCGUCUCGUGGUGUACAAACGAUGAACACCAUGUUCGUCAAACCGAUGCUUAGGAAAUCGAUCCACAAGAAGAGCGCGUCGCACGACUUAGUGAGAGAGACAGUGAAGACGGAUGGUGCCGGCUGCGCUGGAGAGGAGAUGAAGACGACAAGAGGUUUCUCCAUUGCCGGAGAUACGUCGUCGUCAGAGAGUAGUUGGGUCCCACAUGAAGCCACAGGAAUAUACUAUCCAAAAGGACAGGAGAAGGUGAUGCAAGAUGUGCCUCCUCCUCCAGCUGGAAGCAACGUGGACGAGCUCGUUAAUUGGUUCUCUUGAUAAAAAAUGACCACACUCUCUUGUAAUCGUCUCGAUCUCAUGAUCUCAAAAUUGUUCUCUAUAUAAGUCUAAUUAUUGUGGUAAGGUAUAAAUUAAAAAACUUACUUUUCUGUA